AGGCAGGCGGUGGUACCCACAUUCCUUUGGAUCUCAUCACUCAUUCUAAUCUAAUUCUAUCCAAUCUUUGACCUAACCACACAUCACAAAUUCACAAUUCAUUCAUUCGCGUUUUUUCACCACUCAUCAUCUAAGGUAUUCAAAUACUCCAUUUUCUAUUCCACAUUUUUACCCUAUAAUUUCAUUUCUUAAUUUUUUUUAUUCUUAUUUUAUUCUCAUUCUUUAGCCAAAAUUAGGGUUUCAAAUUUCAAUUUUUUCCCAAUUCAUAGUUUUUGGGGUUAAAGUUUCACCCUUUUGAUUCAUAGCGUAGGAUCCCAUUUUUUAUGGCAUUUGAUUUCCCGCAGAGUACUAAAGGUUCUCACAAUUUGGUAGAAAAUCCAGCUAUAGUUGAAUUCAAUCCAAAACCUAAUUCCAAAGAAAUUUCAGUCACUAAUUUUGUUAGAAAUAUCAAUCCUCAAUCUGAAAAAGGUGAGAUUUUUAAGGGAAAAUCUAAGUUAAAUUCAAAGAAAGGGAUUAAAGGCUCUGGUAGUGGUUUGAAUCAAUCAUCAGUUCCUGGUGAUGUGGUUAUUGGUAAUGGUCGGUCGAUUACCGACCUUCCUCCGGUGUUGAUAUCUGAGAUUUUUAAUUGCCUUGAUCCUAAAGAUCUUGGAAUUGUUUCAUGUGUUUCUUCGAUUUUGCUUAGUCUUGCUUCUGAGCAUCAUGCUUGGAAGGAAUUCUAUUGUGAAAGAUGGGGGCUUCCAGCUGCUUUUGUGGCCCCGGAAUCUGGAAUUGGGGACGCGGGUUUGGAUGAAAAGUCAUGGAAGGAGAUUUUUGUGGAGAGGGAGUUUAGGAGUAAGAUUUUUAUGGGAAGGUAUAGUAUGGAUGUGUUGCGCGGCCAUACUGAGGCGGUUCGGACUGUUUUCUUGUUGGCUUCUGCAAAGUUAAUAUUUACUUCUGGGUAUGAUACUGUUGUGAGGAUGUGGAAUAUGGAAGAUGGGUUGUCGAUUGCGUCGUCUAAACCUCUUGGAUGCACCAUUCGUGCGGUUGCAGCAGACACGAGACUACUAGUUGCUGGUGGUACGGAUGGGUUCAUUCAUUGUUGGAGGGCUGUUGAAGGAAUGCCCCAUCUGUUUGAGCUUAGAAGCUCACAACAUAACCAGAAUACCGAGGUUCGGCUUUGGGGUCAUGAUGGUCCAGUUACUUCACUUGCUUUAGAUUUGACAAGGAUUUAUAGUGGCUCUUGGGAUACGACUGUUCGUGUAUGGGACCGUCAUUCAAUGAAAUGCACUAUGGUGCUGAGGCAUAGUGAUUGGGUUUGGGGACUUGUCCCUCACGAUACCACAGUUGCCAGCGUAUCGGGUUCAGAUGUGUAUGUUUGGGAUACUAAUAGUGGUAAUUUGGUGAUUAUUGUUCCAUAUGCUCAUGUUGGUAAUGCUUAUGCUUUGGCAAGAAGCCGUACAGGGGAUUUCAUUUUUACCGGAGGCGAAGAUGGUUCAAUACACAUGUAUGAGAUUGUACAUGAUAGCUAUGCGACUGAAGCUUCGCAUGUUGCUACAUGGGAUCCUCACUCUGGUCCUGUGUAUUCCCUUGCCUUUGAGUUUCCUUGGCUUGUUUCAGCAUCAAGUGAUGGCAAGCUUGCUUUAAUUGACGUGAGGCAGCUGUUGCGGACGAGCAAGCGUGCUCUAGGGAAGAGAGCUACAAAGGCAAAGCAUUCAGGCGAAGUUAAUGUAGAGCCUCCACAGAGAAUGUUGCAUGGAUUUCAGAACAAUCUUUACUCGGUAGACAUAGGAGCUGAACGAAUUAUCUGUGGAGGUGAAGAAGGCGUUGUCAGAAUUUGGAAUUUUACUGAAGCUUUGGAAAUUGAACGCAGAGUCCGUGCAUUGAGAGGAAUGCGAUUAGAGCAAAGAAUGAGACGGCGUAAGCUCCAAACAGAGCUUAGCAGUAAAGGUGGUAGGAGUGAUCAAUGUUCAGUUGCGGCGAAGAAGAAUUCAGUGGCUUGUGUUUGGCCGAGUAAACGUGGAAUGAGUGGAAAGACGAAGGCAUAGUGAUCGAUGUCAUCAACCGUUUGCUUCCAAGCAUUAAUUACCUAUCCUUUUAUGUUUUUACAAAAUUGAUAUAUACUGUUGGUAUUUAGCAGGAUAACUGACCAACUGAAGUUUUCAUUUUUAUUUUUAGUAGUAAUGUAUCUUAUUCGUACAAUUUCCAUACGACAAUGUUUCUUUGAGAGCAUUGUUUUUUGCACAGGUUAUGGUUUAUUUAAUGAAAUCUACGUUUUUCAACUAAAA